CUCAGAUCAAAGUCAGAGAAGAAAGGAAAAUGGCGAAAUGGUCAGAGUUGCCAUCCGAGAUCCUCUACUCUAUCUCCCUGAGCAUGAACAACCCCUUUGAUCUGAUCCAUUUCCGGUCAGUAUGUUCCUUUUGGAGAUCCUCUAGCCUCCUCAAAUUUCGACCGAAGACGCCACUUAGAUGUCCUCCUCCCCUAGACUCUGGUGGUUGUGGUGAUGAUUGCCAUAUCUUGAGAAGCCGCAUUUACCUUGUCAAGUCCUCUGAUCGCAACGGUCCUCCUCGAUACUGGCUGUUUAAGCAACUAGAUAAAGAGAACGGAGAUAUAGUUCUACAUAACUUGUUCAUGAGAAGAAACUCCUCUGGGUAUAGAUGUUUGUUUCCAACUUUCUCACUUGACUUGCUCAGCUGCCAAGUCUUUGAGUUAGUUCAAGAACAUAUUGCAUGUUUCAGCGAAUGGUCCGAAAUUUUCGAAUGCGUGUGGAAAGGGGAAGUGCGUAUUGGCUUUAUGAGUUUAAAAGCAGAGAACAACGAGUUUAUGGUUCUAGGGCACCUCACAUUCACGACUCCCGACAUCACCAUGUAUAGAUCAAUCGAUAGGUGUUGGACUGACCUCAAGAUAGCACAACCCGACGCAUAUCUUGAAGGGAUAGUUUCAUAUAAAAGUAAGUUUUACGCCAUAGAUCGCACCGGGAGAACAAUAGUUGUAGAGCCAACUCUAGAGGUGACUACAUUUCAGCGGUCUAGGCCGUGUGAUAAGACAAGGAAACGUUGGCUUCUAAACUCAGGAGACAAGCUCCUUCUCGUGGAGUUGUGCACAGAGAGCCGGUACGAUUUUGUCAUACCUAAUGUCCGUGAGAAGAAUAUAUGGUUCGAAGUUUCAGAGUUAGACGUGGAGAGACACGAUUGGAAUCAAGUGGAAGAUGUGGAUGGUCGUGUAUUGUUCUUGGAGAACAUUUUCUCCUUCUCGUGCUUGGCUACUGAGAUUCAGGGGUUUAGAGCCAACUCUAUAAUCUUUUUGAACCUGUGGGUAAGAGAUAAAAGAGAUGAGAGCAUUCUUGUGUAUGAAUUCGAUGAGCACGGCGUUAGAUCUUUAGAAGAUAUCCCGGAGUAUGUUAAGCUGUUUCCAUCUCCUCCUGGUUGGGUAAUCUCAAAUGCACGAUCUUAAUCAUCUUAUUACAUUCACGUACAUGAUUUCAUUUUUAUGUCUUAAAAUAUUAUUUUGUGGUAACGAGAGGUUAUUUACGAAUUACGCUUUUGAUAUUUAAUCUCCUAUAUAUUAAUUGAGAAACAUUUGAAAAGAUGUAACCUCAAGUUUGUAUUAAUUAAAAAGUAACAUUGCUUAAUUGUCAAUCAAUUAGCAUAUCAAUUAAACUGACGUGGCGGCUUUAGGUUCAAUUGAAAUUUG